AUGCGUUCUUUCGCUCCCUUGGCCCUGAGCCUCCUCGGUGCCUCCGCCGUGGUCUCGGCCGCCGAUGCGACGGCCGAGACGGAGUCUGAUGUGGUCUCCCUCACCAAGGACACCUUCAAGCCCUUCAUGGAGGAGAACAACCUCGUCCUCGCCGAGUUCUUUGCUCCCUGGUGCGGUCACUGCAAGGCUCUGGCCCCCAAGUAUGAGGAGGCUGCCACCGAGCUGAAGGGGAAGAACAUUCCUCUGGUCAAGGUCGACUGCACGGCCGAAGAAGACCUCUGCCGGGAGCAGGGUGUCGAGGGCUACCCCACGAUGAAGAUCUUCCGUGGUCCCGACUCGAGCAAGCCUUAUCAGGGUGCUCGCCAGGCUGAUGCCAUUGUGUCCUACAUGGUCAAGCAGUCCCUUCCCGCCGUCUCCCCCGUCACCGAAGAGAACCUCGAGGAAGUCAAGACUAUGGACAAGAUUGUGGUGAUCGGUUAUUUCGCCGAAGAUGACAAGGCUACCAAGGACGCUUUCACCACCUUCGCCGAGGCUCAGCGUGACAACUACCUCUUCGCCGCCGCCUCUGACGAGGCCAUCGCCAAGGCUGAGGGUGUCAAGCAGCCCGCCGUUGUCCUCUACAAGGACUUUGAUGAAAAGAAGGCCGUGUACAAGGGAGACAUUGAGCAAGACGCUCUUCUGAGCUGGGUGAAGACCGCCAGCACUCCUCUCGUGGGUGAGAUCGGUCCUGAGACGUACUCGGGCUACAUGUCGGCUGGUAUCCCCCUCGCCUACAUCUUCGCCCAGACCAAGGAGGAGCGUGAGAAGUUCGCUGAGGAGUUCAAGCCCAUCGCUGAGAAGCACAAGGGUGCCAUCAACAUUGCCACUAUCGACGCUGCCAUGUUCGGCGCCCACGCUGGAAACCUCAACCUUGACACCGAAAAGUUCCCUGCCUUCGCCAUCCAGGACCCCUCCAAGAACGCCAAGUAUCCUUAUGACCAGGACAAGGAGCUCAAGGCUAAGGAUGUCGGCAAGUUCAUCAAGGACGUCCUGGACGGCAAGGUUGAGCCUAGCAUCAAGUCUGAGCCCAUUCCCGAGACUCAGGAAGGUCCUGUCACUGUUGUCGUUGCCCACUCUUACAAGGAGCUUGUGAUCGACAACGAGAAGGAUGUUCUCCUCGAGUUCUACGCCCCGUGGUGCGGUCACUGCAAGGCUCUCGCUCCCAAGUACGAUGAACUUGCUGAGCUCUAUGCCAAGAACGAGGACUUCGCCUCCAAGGUCACCGUCGCCAAGAUCGACGCGACUGCCAACGAUGUCCCGGAUUCCAUCACUGGUUUCCCUACGAUCAAGCUCUACCCCGCCGGAUCUAAGGACUCUCCCGUUGAGUACGCUGGCUCUCGUACCGUGGAGGACCUUGCCAACUUCAUCAAGGAGAACGGCAAGCACAAGAUUGACGCCUACGCGGCCCCCGCCAAGGAGGCUGAGGAGUCCAGCGAAGCCGCUGAGACCCCGUCGGAAUCCGCCGAGUCUGAGGCUCCUGCCGCUACCGGUGAGGAGAAGGCGGACCAUGAUGAGCUGUAA